UCCGGGAGAUACCGCAGGGUAUGAAAGCUGUCGGCGCGGAGAGUGGGGUGCUCUCCCCACACGUGGGAGUGGGUAAGACAGAUCAUCCGCCCCUUAGAGGAAAAGGCACGAGUUACUGUCAUGCUUCAGGAGAGAAAUCCGAAGCGAGAAAGAAAGCAAGGGUGGGAGAAAGGGGGAGCUGCAAGUGAAGAGGAGCCCCACAAAUUAGCCCUGGACCAAGGAGACCCAGCGCCCAGCUCUGGAUCUGACUCUGCUCAGCUUACAGUGAGCAAGAACAAUGCCGGGCGGCCUGGAGAAGGCGUGUCAUCAGUGCAUCUCUAAAAUCGCCAGCAAUGCCUGCUUCAUUCUCCUGCUCACGGCUCUCCUGGUCCUGCCGCUGUCCAUGGCCUUCACAGGAAUGAAGUUUUUGGAGGACUGCCCCAUACAGCCUCUCAUUCCCUUGUAUUUGCUAGUGGGUGGGAUCAUCGGUGCCUUAAAGGUGUCUCUCUUGCUGCAUGACUCCACCAGGAUGAGGCGGCUUCUGUCCAAGGCUCUGGUGAUUGAUGACGACGAUGAUGAUGAGUAUCCCUGGAGACAGAACGCGCACAAAUACUACGUGCACCUCAUCCUCAGCCUCUUCCUCUUCCUCUGGUUUAUUCUGGGGAAUUACUGGGUCUUCUCUGUGUACCUGCCUGACUUUAUUCCCCCUUUCCAGCAGCCCCAGGCGUACUGUGACAAAACCCUGUACCUCUUUGCCGUAGGGGUCCUGGUGCUCAGCCACACUGUGCUGAUCUUACUGGUCCUGUGCAGCGGUUGUGUCUAUGUGUGUUCCAGGUGGAGAUUUGCUGGUGAUGAAGACUGACAGCCACUCCUCCCGGCGUGUGCACUCGUAGACACACAUGCACAAUUGGGGGAGAAAAGCAUGCUGGGGAGUCAAUAGAACCUUCCAUAACGGGCAUUUCAGAAACUAACAAAAGUGCACUGAAGGAGUCUACCAGACUAAAGAGAGUCUUGCCUGCCUGGAAGUGGGGAAAGCAUUUUGACUCUUCUUUGGGUGAGAAUUUGUACUCAUGAGUUUUCAAAGGAUGUUUCUUUGUAGGGGAGGAGAUGAGGGGUGCUAAGAAAGGGCCAUCUUUUCCAAUCACAGGGCAAUUCCAAGCCCUGUGGCAGGGUCUGCUUAGUUACUGUUGCUACUGCUGAGCUCAUUCAGCCACCAGCACUGCAGAGUAGUAGGGAGGAUGCCCAUUAAUAACUCCAACUGCCUUUUAUGAUAGCUAAGGAGAAGUCAAGAUAUCCCCAACCCCAGAUCAAAAGGUUUGAUCUG